CUAAAAGUCAAAAUGGCUGCCCCAAGGAAGCCCGCACCGCGCAGCUACUAAGGGUUGGGGAACAAGCUUCUGCGGGAAAGGGGGAGGGGGGCUCGCGGAAGAGCCGUCGCCAGAACCGCAGGCAAGACUAUCGCCCCCAGAGCUGCACAGGUUCUAAUUACAGGCACCCUUUGACAUAACUUUUGAACUAUCUGGAAAAAUAUUGCCCAGAAAAAAAAAUGAUAAAAUUUUUCCUCAUGGUGAAUAAACAAGGACAGACCCGACUUGCUAAAUACUAUGAACAUGUGGAGAUCAAUAAGCGUACAGUUCUGGAAACGGAAGUCAUAAAGAGCUGUCUCUCCCGAUCCAAUGAACAAUGUUCUUUCAUUGAAUUUAAGGAUUUUAAGCUGAUAUGUCGGCGGUAUGCAGCUCUCCUCAUUGUGGUUGGAGUUAAUGACACUGAGAAUGAGAUGGCCAUUUAUGAAUUCAUCCAUAACUUUGUGGAAGUGUUAGAUGAGUACUUCAGCCGAGUGAGUGAAUUAGAUAUAAUGUUUAAUUUGGAUAAAGUGCACAUCAUUUUGGAUGAGAUGGUGUUAAAUGGCUGCAUUGUGGAAACAAAUAGGGCAAGAAUUCUUGCCCCUCUACUCAUUCUUGAUAAAAUGUCAGAAAGCUGAAUGAUGGAAGGCUCUGCCAGACAACAUCAACCUGUAGAAGUGAGAAUACCAUGGAAUACCUCUCAACAUCUGUAGCCCAAAAAAUGUGGAAGACUGCACAUUGCAAAAUGGGGUGUCCUUCCAAAGACAUUUUAAAUAGGUGUUUUCCACAUUUCCUAAAUGGAAAACAAAGCUUUAUUUUUAAAUAUGGUAUUCAAAGAAAUGUUUUCUCUGAACUAAGAGACAGUUUUGUUUUCUAACCAUAAGCAUUUUUUCCCCACUUGUUCAAAUUUUGUUGAGUUCUGAGGGUAACUUUUUUGUUCUCUGCUUUCUUAUGCACAUUGAAUUCAGGAUUAGCAGCAUGGGAAGACCUGUGACAAUUAUCAGCCAAUAAAAUUUUAAACACACAUAGUACUUUGAAUGUUUUCUGAAUGCUCGUUUUCCUUAAAAUGAUUUAGAAAGUCAAAACUUUACAAAAUUGUGUAC